AUGGUCCCCUCUUUGGUCCCCCAUUGCCCCCCGAUUCCUCUUCGACUUCAACCUUCUAUCCGUGACGACUUCAAACACGAUUUUUUUUCGGCGACAACUUCAAAUUCGGCGACAACGACAUCAAACGAUGUCAUUUUCCGGCGAAAGCUUGCACCAAUGGAGGGCAAUUUCCCCAAUAUUUUCACCGAUGGAUACGACACCCGGCCUAACAACCAACCUAUUUCUGUCGUGGAAAACGCGACGGAGCUCAUGUUGCUGUUUUAUAUUCGCCAUGUAAUUCUUACCCAUGAAGAGUCUCCCCCACGGCAACAGAUUCCACCUAUUGUUGCCUUGCCUCCUCGAAGAAAGAAGUACAAGUCGGAAACAUCUUCGACUGAAUCUGCCACAAAUGCUUAUUCCUCGCAACAUCCUGAAGUAGAAAGAACUUAUAUGUCAAGCGACACAUCAAUAAGGUCGGUAAAGAAGAAGAAGACGAGCACAAAGGCAUUAGUGAAGCGUCUACUAGGCGUUAUGGCUGAAUUAUUUUCUAAAGUAGACCGUGUAUUACAGAAAAAAGAUGAACCAUAUACAGGGUUUGGAGAGGAGGAGGACAUGGUAAAUGAAGAGGAGGAAGAAACAGAUUACCAUGGUACACAGUUGGACUAUGAUGAUAUAUCUACUCAUGGUUUGGAGGGGGAAGUUGGGCGUACACCUACGAAUGUUGAGCCGUCACCGGACAUGGGUGAACAUCAGAAAAAAACAGUGACUCCUAUUGUUAGGCCGCAACGAAAACGAGGUGUUCCAUGGUAUUAG